AUUUAUUGUUUCCUUCUUGUUUGUUAAGGUUAAAUAAAUAAGUAAAUAACAAGGAUAUUGGGUUUCGUUUGAUUAAAAAAUUAAGAACAAGCAACUCAACGUAGUAAUCAGGUGUUUAUCUGCAGAAUGAAAUGAAUGGUUAUUUCUGUUUUGAUGAUAUUAUUAUGACAUGGCUAAUUUGCUGAAUACGAUGAUUAAAGCUAAGUGGUUUCGACUUAUGAUGUUUACUUGGUUGGGUGUUACUUCGAUUAAUUUUAAAGCAUUUACUUGAUAGAAAAGAAAUGAUGAUUGAUUUUUUUUCCCCUUGCCAUCACUACCUCUUGGAGCGCACAUGCUUGUAUAAGUAAACAUGUAUACCAUGCAUAUGACUAAUCUAAUAAAUUCGCAUCCGAAUUUCUUACUCAAUGUUUUCAUUUCAUGAUUCGUUCUUUUAGCAUUUCUUUCUGUACUGUAAGUAAAUCGUUUAGAAGUUACCAACUUUUUCUACCGCAGAAGGUGAGUGCUGAUAGUUUAGAUAUCAGCAGUAUAAACGCAGUUGUUCAUAUGCCUUUUCAUUCUCUAUUUUUUCACCAACAGGCUUUUCCUGACGAGGUUCUUGAUCUUGACAAAGCGGUCCGCACCCUUGAUUUAACACACAAUAAAUUGGUUGACAUUCCAAUGGAGAUCAGCAAAUUGAUAAACCUGCAACGCCUGGUUUUAGCUGAUAAUCUUGUUGAGCGAUUGCCAAUGAAUUUGGGGAAACUGCAGUCACUAAAAGUUAUGACGCUUGAUGGGAAUCGAAUUGCUUCCUUACCUGAUGAAUUGGGUCAGCUGGUGAGGCUUGAGAGGCUUUCCAUCUCAGAUAACAUUCUAACAUGCUUGCCUGAGACGAUUGGGAGUUUGCGCAAUUUAUCACUUUUAAAUGUGUCAAAUAACAAGUUAAAGACUCUUCCAGAAUCAAUUGGGAGUUGUUUUUCUCUAGAAGAAUUACAAGCAAAUGAUAAUCUCAUUGAAGAUCUUCCUGCAUCUGUUUGCAAUCUCAUUCACUUGAAGUCGCUUUCCCUGAACAAUAAUAGUGUGGGCCAGAUUCCUCCAAAUCUUUUGAAAGACUGUAAGGCUCUCCAGAGUAUUUCUUUGCAUGACAAUCCAAUUUCUAUGGAUCAAUUUCAGCAGAUGGAAGGAUUUCAAGAAUUUGAAGGCAGAAGGAAGAGGAAGUUUGACAAACAAAUAGAUUCAAACGUAAUGAUUGGUUCAAAAGGCCUUGAUGAGGGUGUUGAUCUAUGAUUACUAUUGCCUUGAUACUCCAACAACAUAAAUGGACGUGGGACAUCUUUAAGGGCUAAAGCAAGGGAAACAAGGGUGUUGAAUCGUGAUGGUUGUAGUUUUAGAGUAGCUAUCUCCUUUUACAGCCUGAAUAUUUUGUCACCUAUGGAAUAUAACAUAUCGAUGUAAAUGUCUUCUCUUUUCUUUUUGAAUAGUUAAUUAUGGGUGUUUUGGUA